GUGUACUGUACAUGGGAAUGUGAUUCACUGCAAAUCUCAUUGAUAAGUUUCCAAUGUUGACCAUGAUGGAAGCCCCCUCUUAAGGUGAUCUUGAAUGGGCGCCCUUUGGGAUGACCGUGCCGCGAAUGUGAGCUAUUGUGCUGGAAGAAAUUCACUCCUGCCAUUCGGGUUCUUCCGCGAUAGCUGAGCAAUGAGCACUCGUGUAGUUGCAGUGCUUGACCCGUCUGAGGCAUCUUUCGAUUGUUUUGCGUGGCAAUUUUUCGUGUUGUGUUUGCGGCGUGUAUCCGAAUAUCGAGAUGCAUAUUUGGAAUUCGUUACAAAGCCAGACACUAGUGUCCUUUCUUCGCCGAUCAAGACGAAGAUUUCAUGGUCUCGGAUGGUGUUCUGGAUUCAACAAGCUAGAUCUUUCAUGGAGAGCAGGCCUGAGGCCUCAGAAAUAAAAGUUCCAUGGGCAAAGCGCUUCCGAAGUCUACUGCAAAAUGUGUUAAUUCAAUUCGACUGGAAUGAUCACGAAAAUCCGUGUGAUGCUGAGAAAUUGUUGGCCGUGUUUACCUCCUUGCCUGAGAAAGAAGCCGUUUUCAUGGAUGGGAGCAUUAAAGAGAAGCUUCUUGAGCAUGGGAUUAAGCUAGUCAUUUUCAACUUGGGAGCCCGCGAAGAAGCAAGAAAACCACGCUAUCUAGCGAACUUUCUGGCGAGUGUUUCGGGAUGCACGUGUAAUCUUUCGUCCGGUGUUUGGAAUGAUUUUCCGGAACUUGAAUCUCAUGUGGAGGAUACGGAUGCGGAGCCCCAGGAGCUUGGCUUGGAGAGCGCGGACAUGUACCUUGAUAUUCAACUAUCAGCUCAAGAUACCGACAAGCAAGGGACUCAAGAAGUAGUUUUGCGUACUGUUGAUGAAAAAUUCACGGAGACGUGUCUCGUAGGAACGAUGGAAACCAUACGUAAUGAAAAGCUUGAAGAUGAGUGCAGUUGGAUCUGCUUAUCACCGUACGUCGACAAUUCAGAAUGGGCAUUGAUGAGCCGGACAGAAAUGAGCUGUGCCUGGAAAUUCUCUUUUCCGCCGUCCCAAACAAUUUGGCAUUGCGAAUAUUCGAAGCAGCUCGUCUUGGCUGGUGGAAAUCUUUGGAUUUUUACCUCCAUUCCAACGAAUGACGUCGCCUGCGUCUCCGGUGUUGCUGUUCCCGUAAAAAAGAAUGAGAUUCCGAUUCUGCUAUUCAAGGCAAUGGGCGCUCGUAUGGGCGAAGAUACUUCAAAGAGGUCGAAGGCUGUGAGCGCCGUUCCCAUGGACUCAUUCGUCAACGUUUGCAUUCAGCAUCUUGCAAAGAUUGAAGUUAAGCCGAAAACACACCCUAAAGUUGAUAAACUCUUCCAAAAAAGAUUCCGCCAGGGUGAAGUUGUUGCUUCGUCGAGGGAGCCCGUAAGUAGAAAAGAAGCAAUUAUAUGCAAUGCCGAAGCCACUAUCAAGCUGAAAAUACAGAAACGAUUGGAAAAAGUGCGUGGGUUACCAAGGAAUAACGCGUCCAAGGUGGAACAGAUCGAUGGGAAGAUCAGCGGAACUAGUUCGAAAGAAGUUCACGCAGACGACAUUGGAAAAUAUCUAGAAAGAAUUAAAUCGAAGGCAUUCAAACUGAGCUCCAAUAUAGAGCUAUAUAAUGCUAGUAGGAAAACAAUUUUCUGGCUCUGCAAAGUGUUCAAGCGGACCUGUCCGGACUCUAGCUCUGCAAGGGUGGCGGUUUUGCAAGCAAUGUCCUCCUGUGUGCUUAGAGAUAUAAAUCAAGUUUGCUCUCUGAAUGGGAAUGUCCGAGCAAUGGAGCUGAAAUUUCAAACCCUAAUUCGACUCGAAGCCAUGUCCUUGGUGGUUAAAAAAUCCGAUCGAGUAACGCAUGGUAAACUGACUGCCGAGGUCUCAGAACUUCUUUCGAAACUCACGCUGAACGCAGAUUGCUGCUCUCAUAUCAAACCGUUCAUGACUGAAGUUUUAGUGAAAAGAUUCAAGCGUCGCCAUGGAAAGUUGAUCGCCGAAUUAUGCGCUCAAUUCAACGUUCCAGUGCCGGUGGAGUUGGAAGGGUUUUUGUCUCCCGUUACCGAAGAUGAAAUGAGUCUUCAAGCAGAUGAGGAUUCGUCGGAAACUAGUCGAGAUUCUUCUCAACAUCCUCAAGAUUCGGAAGAGGUGGCAAAUGGGAAAAGAAAAGAUAGACCACAAGCCUUCAAGAGCAUUGUUGUUCCCAAGGCUUCUGUGAAAACUAGAGACAAGCCGUGCACAGUUCGAAAACCUGACCCUGUGUUCGUUCGGGCAAAGCGGGGUCGUGAUUUGGAUGUACUAUCUCGUGGGUCUCCUCGUACUCCAGAAAACGUGAAGCGUCGACGUUUCAGCGCCACUCCUUCGCCACGAGGUGCCUUUUCUGUGGGACUUCGCGUGCGGACGCCGCAAUCGGUUGCAAUGCCAGUGGCAGUUCCGGAUACUCCGGAAUCGGUUGCUGAUUAUGAAGACGAUCACGUUGUGGUCGGUACUCCACGUGUUGGGACUCAAACGGCGAGACAAUUGCGUUUCCGAUCUCAAGUGCACGUGACUCCGAGCACUCCGAUUCUGUUCGANCCGUUCAUGACUGAAGUUUUAGUGAAAAGAUUCAAGCGUCGCCAUGGAAAGUUGAUCGCCGAAUUAUGCGCUCAAUUCAACGUUCCAGUGCCGGUGGAGUUGGAAGGGUUUUUGUCUCCCGUUACCGAAGAUGAAAUGAGUCUUCAAGCAGAUGAGGAUUCGUCGGAAACUAGUCGAGAUUCUUCUCAACAUCCUCAAGAUUCGGAAGAGGUGGCAAAUGGGAAAAGAAAAGAUAGACCACAAGCCUUCAAGAGCAUUGUUGUUCCCAAGGCUUCUGUGAAAACUAGAGGGAAAAAGAAGCCUACGCAAGAAAACAGUGAAGAGAACAGCGAAGACGGUGUGAGCGUGAGAAGGAAUCUGUUCGGCACGUGUCAAGCUAUUGUUGCGUCGUUUCAAUUAGGUGCCUUUUCUGUGGGACUUCGCGUGCGGACGCCGCAAUCGGUUGCAAUGCCAGUGGCAGUUCCGGAUACUCCGGAAUCGGUUGCUGAUUAUGAAGACGAUCACGUUGUGGUCGGUACUCCACGUGUUGGGACUCAAACGGCGAGACAAUUGCGUUUCCGAUCUCAAGUGCACGUGACUCCGAGCACUCCGAUUCUGUUCGACGAUGACGGGAGCACGUUGUCCCCGAACGUGUGCAAAAAAAUUGAUCGAAGCGACAGUGAUUGUUCGGUUCCUUCUCCGGUUGGACCCCCUGUGUGGGGAAGCCCGCUUGUACAAGACUGUGACGCUUUGCCUUCGCCCGCGCUGAAGGAUUUUUACACCGUGGUUCGGCGGGAAAGUUCUCGUUUCCGAAUUGAAAGUCCGGCCAGAUCUCCGGUCAUUGACGACCCCGACGCUGUCAUAAUGCCGCCACCGACUUGGACCCCGCGUCGGAAUCCUUCAACGGGAAAGAAGAGAAAUCAACGCAUUGAGGGGAACAGAACUCCUGAACAACCAGAUCUCCGUGGCUCUAAUAGUCCAGUCAGAGCAUGUCUUCGUGGUAUUCUAUCACCCGUGAAUUCGAAACUGCAUUCUCCGUCGCCCAACGAGCGUUCUGGUUCAAUGCGACUGGGAAUGCGACGGAGACUGUUACUCUCUACUGCAAAUGAAGCUGGAGCACCCAAUUCAGAGUCUACAUGAGCUCCUGUAUGUCAAGCAUAAACCACGAAACUGCAUCCAUGUUGUCUCAAAACUUUGACCUAGUCAUGGAAAAGCACAAUUUCUGAACGCCUCGUGUAAGAGACGCCAUGCUCCGGAAAUUAUUCUGAAUAAGUUUUGAAAGAACGUAUUGUAUUUCGAAUGUAGGACUACCAACUAAAAAUCUGAAUCCUGAAAUAUUCUUUAACAUGCACCAGACACGGGCGAUAAAGUUAUAGACGAGACAGGAUAACAGCCGUAAUCAAUCUUAGUACGGAGGUCACUAUCGGAAAAUAUUUUUUUCCGGUGCUGACUGUUGAAGCUAUUCAGUCUACUUGCUUAUCGAUUCACAUGAAAAGGAAAUGAGACCUGGAAAAACUUGGUUGAAUAAUUUUUAAAAGAAGAAAAAUUCUGCUUAUGAAAAUGGGUCGGCACAGCAUGGGUGCCUUUUUUAAGUUUAUAUUGCCAAUUGACAGUCACAUAUGUUUUUUUUCUGUUGAUUCUUCGUGGAUCAAAGCUGGGAUCCGAGGCAUGAAUUGUGCAGCUCGUAAGCAGUCACCUGAAGCUCGAGGCUGUUUUGCGAAGAAGUUGCUUUGCGGAUGGGCUAUUAACCGUAGCUGUCUUGGUUUCGCGUGCAUUUCAUGCAUAAGCCGUUGAGAGCUUCCUCCAAAUCCUGCUUCUGAUUCAACAUUUUCUGUAGUUAUGAAAUUCGAAUCAAGAUUCAUUGGUUCGCUGAGUGGAGAAAACGCUUUUAAAAUAGGAACUUGGUCAUGUGCUGCUGAUGCAGUCGUUUCAGGAUCCGUCUGCACUCUAGUAUCUUGGGAAAUCAAGUACGGUAAUUGUCGUGUGUGCUGAUAUCCAACCUGUGCUAUUUCGGAUUCCUUUAAUUGUAUUCCCCGUCAUGAUCUGCUUUUGAAGCCGUUAUACUAUUUGUGCCG